AUGCACGCCACAACCCCCAUCAUUGAUAGCACUGGCAUUGGCGGUAUAAGCCACUCCCAGACUCGCCGAGAUAUCACCUCCAGAUUCUCAGGCUCGUUGAGAAAGUUUGUUAACUUUCUUAACAAAUCGAAAGAGCGCGGGCCAGAGUUUGAAGUCAUUCAGUCAGAACUUGCCGACUCACCCCCCAAACUCAAGUGCUAUGGGGGUAAUUGGAAAUAUGACUGUAUGAACAUUAUCCAUGUGCUAGCGCACUACGAACACUUGUUGCCCUCAAGAAGGCCUGGCAGGCCUUGCAUUACCUAUAUGGUAAGGGGGAGAUUGAUAAUCACGGUGCCUCUGGAUCCAAUUGGCCAAAUUCAUACAUUCAAGGGAAUGUUGGCGGGAAUCAAUGCAUUCACACAACACCUAUCGAUUACCGUGAUUGAUCAGGACAUUAAAGAUGUGGUAUAUGAUUAUGCCGCAGAAGUUCGAGGCAUCGAGGAGCAGUUUAUCUCGUAUGCACAGUAUAACCCCUCAAACGGGGCAUUCGCCCCCAGCUCGCAGAACGGUUUCGACAACUCUGGAUACCGCGACCAUAUUGAGUGGCAGACGGGGAGCAACGAGAAGCUCACCCUUGGAAGAGCCAGAUGA